AUGGUAGAUCAUUCAAGUGAUGGUCCUACCUCUAUCAUGCACUUGUCAGAUGAUUGCCUCUCUAUUAUUUUCCAAUGGCUUGACUGUAAUUCUGAUCGUGAAUCAUUUGGGUUGACUUGCCGUCGCUUGCUUGAUAUUCAAAAUAUCAACCGUCGAUCCUUACAAUUCCAAUGCUCAUUCACCAUUUUCAACCUUACUUCAUUACCUCAAAGAAGCCUUUUUAUAAACUCAUUCCAUAUUCAUAGGCUGCUCACCCGUUUUCAGCAUUUACAUUUCUUGUCACUGUCUGGUUGCACUGAUCUACCUGAUUCAGCCCUCAUCCCAUUGCAAUUUUAUGGCUCAAGGUUGCACUCUCUUCAUCUGGAUUGCUGUUUUGGACUCACAGAUAAUGGGCUUUCCCUAAUUACUUCUGGGUGCCCCUAUUUAACAGUUAUCAGUCUUUAUCGAUGCAAUAUCACUGAUAUUGGAUUACAAACUUUAGCGAAUGGAUGCUCAGCUCUGAAGCAGAUAAAUCUGUCAUACUGUCCGCUUGUUUCUGACUGUGGACUGAGAUCCAUUUCUCAAGCCUGCUGUCAGCUUCAGGCAGUUAAGAUAUCUUGUUGCAGGGAAAUAAGUGGAGUUGGCUUUACAGGGUGUUCACCCACUUUAGCUUAUAUAGAUGCGGAGUCUUGUAACCUUGAUCCAAAAGGGGUCAUGGGAAUUGUUAGUGGAGGUGGACUGGAGUAUUUAAAUGUUUCUGGUAUAAGCUGGUCGAUUAAGGGAGACGGUCUGGCAGCAAUUGGUUCAGGUUUCGCUGCGAGGCUUAAAAUUCUUAACCUCCGGAUGUGCAGAACUGUUGGUGAUGAAUCCGCCACGGCAAUCGCAAAGGGGUGCCCGCUGCUACAAGAAUGGAAUUUGGCACUGUGUCAUGGAGUUCAAAUUUCAGGGUGGGAAUCAAUUGGGUUUGGUUGCAAUAGAUUAGAGAAACUCCAUGUGAAUCGCUGCAGGAAUCUGUGCGAUCGCGGCUUGCAGGCUCUAAGGGAAGGGUGCAAAAUGCUCUCUGUUUUAUAUCUCAACAAAAGUUGUCGAGUAUCCUCUAAUGCAAUAGAGCUGUUUAAAUUGUAUAGAGGUAAUGUUGAGAUAAGGGAAGAAGAGGUAAUGUGUAUCGGACCUGCCAGAACAUUUAGAUAAUGGCCGGCCGGAGAUCAGUCGAUCCUCACGGGCGUCCAUAAACAGAAAGGAGCCUGAUUGUCGGAAUUUCUUAGAGAAUACAAAAUUUUGUCUGGCACUUCAAUAUAUCUGUUUGCAGUGUUUGAUUUUUUUUUUUUCUUCUAUUAAUUAAUACGAUAGUUGACUGUAUUGUGGACAUCCUCUUUGAUAUUUGAUCUGUGCUAUGAACAGAGCAGAAAUUUCAGUUUUUCUUUGGCUUAA